AUGGCCGAGGUGAAAACCACAGGCACCCCCAGUGUGCAAUCUGUGCCAUCGGAUCCGGAGAAAGAUGCCAAUGUGACGGCUGGCAGCAAUAACCCCGCAGACGAGUAUAUUGAUCCAAAGAUCGAGAGGUCUCUGGUCCGCAAGUUUGAUCUUUUCAUACUUCCGAUGUGCGCUCUGGUUUACUACACUCACACCCUUGACCGAGCGAAUUUGGGUAAUGCGAAGACUAUGGGCAUUCAAACAGACCUCGGUCUUGUCAACAACGAGUUCUCACUGGUUCUGAUUUUAUUUUACAUACCUUAUGGGAUUUGCAAUAUCCCAGCAGCUCUUUUAGCUAAACGCUUCAAUCCAGCGCGUGUCAUUCCUCUGAUGAUGUUGACAUGGGGCGCCCUUUCUAUGAUCACUGCUUCUACCAAGAACUUUGGCGGGUUACUUGGGGUUCGCAUCGUCAUCGGGAUCGUGGAAGCAAGCUAUAUGCCUUGCGUAUACCUUUACUACUCCUUAUUUUACACACGAAAGGAACUUGCAUUGAGGACAGCAGCGUGGGGGUUUACUGGUUUCAUUGCUGGUGCAACCAGUGGUCUUAUUGCGUGGGAUGUGUCGCAAUGGCACCGAUCUUUAAGUGGCUGGCAAUAUCUCUUCCUCAUAGAAGGCGGCAUGACAGUCGGGCUUUCAGUGCUCGUCUUUUUUGUCCUUCCUCGAGACACCAACUCGCGGUGGUUUACUCCAGAGGAGCGUCGAGUAGCUGAAUUGAGACUGCUCAAGGAAUCGACCGAUGAAGGUGUUGGCAAAAUCUCCUGGAAGGCCGGGCUCGCUGUGUUUGGCAAUUGGCACGUCUGGGCUUUCGCAGCCAUGGCAUUCCUAUGCGGCGUCGGGGUAGCGAGUUCUUCUAAUUUCCUCCCGACUAUGGUAAAACGAAUCGCAACAUCAACACCCAAGGCAAAUUUGUAUACGGUGGGACCUAACCUGGUCGCUGCCGCUGUGCAAAUCGUUUCAUGUUGGAUAUCCGAUCGAUACCAGCAACGGGCGCUCGUCUCGUUCUGUACACUGGUUGUAUCCAUGAUUGGAUUCAUCUUGCUUGCUACCCUUGAUCUCGUCCACCACACCCGUGUUGGCUACUUUAUCACGUAUCUGAUUACCUUUGGUACAUACAUGCCCGAGCUUCUGAUGCCGCUAUGGAUGAGCAGCAAUCUCACUAGCGCAUCUGCCAGGGCAGUUGCAUUGGGUCUAUUCAUCGGUGGACAGAAUAUCGGUGGAAUUCUGUCAAGUGCACUGUUUCGCGAUGAGUAUCAGCCAGUCUACAAGCCGGCACUGAUUGCAGUCGCUAUAUGCCAGGGUCUUCUUUUGGUUGGCCUGCUCGCCAUGAGACAGGUUUACGUCGGUUUAAACAAGAAACUUGAAAGAGGAGAGAUUGGCCCGGUUGUAGGCAUGGAAAAAAAUCCCGAUUUCCGGUAUGCCGUGUAA